AUGUGGGAUCAGCUAGAGCCCACGGCUCCCCAUGUCACUUACCUGACACUCUCUAUGUUCUUGAUAGUCUAUGCUCUCUUCUCUCUGUUCAUCAGAAACAGUCUCCAUGUAUCGGAACCGCCCCUAGCAGUCUUGUAUGGCAUUAUCCUCGGACCUCGCGUCCUGAAUAUCAUCGCACCUCGGUACUGGGGUAUGAAUGACGAGAUUCUUCAAGAAUUCACCCGUGUCAUUGUCGGCAUCCAAUGUUUUGCCGUGGGAAUCGAGCUCCCGAAAUUAUACUUCAGGCGGCAUUGGAAGUCAGUCCUCUACUUUCUGGGACCAGUCAUGGCCUUCUCGUGGGCCAUCACGGCCGCGUUUGCAUACUUCAUUUUCCAGUGUUCCAUUCCGACCGCCAUGAUCAUUGGAGCUUGCCUCUCACCGACGGAUCCUGUCUUAGCAGCAAGUGUCCUCUCAGAGUCACGCUUCAGCGGGAGAGUACCAAAGCGGCUCAAGGACCUCUUAUCCGCAGAGUCAGCCUGUAACGACGGAAUCUCGUUCCCUUUCCUGUAUAUCGGCUUGGUGGCACUCAACUACUCCCACGAUACAGGCGAAGCCUUUAAAGAGUGGUUUACGAUCACGGUUCUGUGGCAAUGUGCUUUCGGCGUCACGAUAGGUCUCCUGAUUGGCAAUAUUGCCAAUAGAGUCCUGCGAUUCUCAGAGUCAAGGAGCUACAUCUCGAGGCCAUCUUUCGUGGUAUUCUACCUCCUCCUGGCCAUUCUCGGUAUCGGCGUUGGAUCAACACUCGGCACCGACGACUUCCUGGUAGCAUUUGGAGCAGGUGUGGGAUUCGCACACGAUGGCUGGUUCUCCAAAAAGACAAAGGAGACACCUUUCCCAACUAUCAUCGAUUUGAUCCUCAACAGCAGCAUGUUUGUCUUCUUCGGGUCUAUCAUACCAUGGCAGAUGUUCAACCCUCGAACGAUCACCCCUCACUGCGGAAUCUGGCAACUCGUCCUGUUCCUCAUCCUCGUCUUACUAUUCCGACGCAUCCCCAUCGUGCUAGCAAUGAAGCGCUUCAUCCCCGAUGUCCGAACAUAUCGCGAAGCGUUAUUCUGCGGCCACUUCGGGCCCAUGGGCGUUGGCGCACUGUUCCUUGCCAUGGAAGCCAGAGCCGAGCUGGAGAACGGGACUUCGGUCCCGUGGGACAAGCCGAGGACUCCGAUUCCGCCUUUCACUAGGAAGGACAAGGCGAUCGAGUUGGUAUGGCCUGUGAUCUGCUUCGUGGUUCUUGGAAGCACGUUCGUGCAUGGCUUGAGUACGGUAGGCAUCAGUGUGGUCGGGCAUUUCAGUCGUAACAAGAGCGAGAGAUCGCCGCUUUUGGCUCAGGAGACGGACGGCCUUGAUUCUAUGAUCCAUGAAGGGGGUGGCGGUGAAAGCGAGCCGGAUGUUAGUGGGAGUGAGGAUGAGUAUGAUGCAUGA